AUGCGCUGCCCCAAGUUUUCCCCGACUCACAACGGGACCUGGCUCGAUGGCAAGAGCACGCAUCAUGGGGGCCUUGCGAAGAUCCAUCGUGCGAACUCGAAUGUCGUGAUCAAGAUACCCGAUGGAAUCCCAGCUGAGUAUGCCGCUCCGAUGUUAUGCUCCGGUAUCACAGCAUGGUCUCCGCUGAAGACACGGCGCGGCACAGGCAAGAGUGUUGGCGUCCUCGGAAUGGGUGGUAUCGGUCGCUUUGCCCUCAUCUGGGCGAAAGCCCUCGGAUGCGACAGCGUGAUGGCCAUCAGCAGGAGCAGCUCAAAGAAGAACGACUGUCUGACCAAGCUCGGCGCCGACUCUUUCAUCGCCAUAUCCGAUGACGAAGACUGGGCGGCCAAACACGUGGGAUCACUGGACUUGAUCAUCUCAAACCAUCGACUCAGGCAUAUGCCGAUGAAGGACCUUCUGGGACUGCUCAAGGUCAAUGGAUCCUUCAUAACAGUUGGCGCAUCUUUGGAUGACCUUCCAGAUAUCAACACAUUCUCAUCGUACUGUGCGAUGCUCAAGAUUGAGGCUGGUUUCUGGGGAACGUUCGAGGAGAUUGGUGAGAUGCUCGAGUUCGCUGCGGCGAAUGGCGUUCGGCCGCUGGUCCAGGUGUUCGACCUCGAAGAGACAAAUCAGGUCAUUGCGCAACAGUACGCGGAGAUGUCAAGGUAUAAGUUUGUAGCGAAGGUGCAGUCUAGCAGUGAGGCAUGGACCUCAAGUAGUCAUGGCUGA